UUAUGGACCUUAAGGGUCUUCAUCUUCUGUCUCUUCUACUGCUGUCCCAAGGAAUUCAACUUGCUCAAGGAAGUUGUGGCAGUGCAGAGUUUCAAUGCACUAGUGGACAGUGCAUCGACAUAGCCUGGAGGUGUGAUGGGACAAAAGACUGCACAGAUGACUCAGAUGAGCUGAACUGUCCACCCCCAUCAUGUACCUCACAGGAAUUUAAGUGUGUGACAAGUGGUGAAUGCAUUUCUUUGGGAUUUGUCUGCGAUGGGGAAGAAGACUGCAUCGAUGGCUCAGAUGAACAAAGAACCUGUGGGGGACGGACCUGCAGUCCAGAUCAGUUCACCUGCCAAGAGGGCCAGUGUAUCCCUGGGAAAUACAGAUGUGACCAUGUAAAGGACUGCUUGGACAACUCUGAUGAGAACAACUGCAACUAUCCAAGUUGCACUGAGAAGACGUGUGCUAAUGGUGCCUGUUACAACAACUCUCAGCACUGCAAUGGGCUACAGGACUGCAGAGAUGGCUCAGAUGAAUUCAACUGCACAACACAGCACUGUCCCAUACAUCAGUUUGAGUGUGCAAACGGCUACUGUGUUCCACAGUCCUUUGUGUGUGACCACUGGGAUGACUGUGGGGACAACAGUGAUGAGCAAGGCUGUGUGUACCAGAGCUGUAAGGGCAACGAGUUCACAUGUUCCAGCGGACGUUGUAUUCCUCAGCGCUGGGUGUGUGACCACUUCAACGACUGUGGGGACUACAGCGAUGAGAGAGGAUGUGAUAGUAACUCCAGAGACUGUUACCCUGGUGAGUGGGGAUGCCCUGGCUCGACAUUAUGUAUACCACUCGCAAAAGUAUGCGACGGCAAACCCGACUGUCCUGGAGGAAGAGAUGAAACCAACUCCACAGCACAGCAAACCUGCAGCCUGGAGCAGUGCUCCACCUUGAGCUGCGAGUACCGCUGCCACAUGUCUCCUGAGGGAGGUACUUGCUACUGUCCUGAUGGUUUCACUGUGGCCAAUGACAGCCGGUCCUGUGUAGACUAUAAUGACUGUCAGAUCUGGGGGAUCUGCGACCACCUGUGUGAGGACCGUCCUGGGACACACCACUGUAGCUGUGCUGAUGGAUACUUCUUGGAGCAGGGUCAUAUGUGCAAAGCCAAUGUUUCAGCUGGACUACCGCAGCUCAUUUUCACCAAUGGAGGUGAAGUGAUGAUGGCUGACAUACACGGGCGAUUUGUCAGAACUCUGGUGCCAGCCCAGGGCAGAGGUUCUGCUGUGGGGGUGGCAUACCAUUGGCACAGUGACACAAUCUUCUGGAGUGAUACAUACACCAAAAAGGUUUACUCUGCCAACUACAAUGGGGGUAACAUUAAGGAGAUUUUGACUGCUGCAGUCCGCAAUGUCCAGAACCUUGCUGUGGACUGGGUCAACUUCAAACUCUAUGUCUUAGAGGCCAUGGUGGAGCGUAUCGACAUGUGCGACUUUGAUGGAGGGAAUCGGGUCACACUGGUGGCUGAAAACCUGCAGACUCCUCAUGGCCUCGCCCUGGACUCUACAGUGGGCUACAUGUUCUUCACAGACAAGGGCCUUUCAAAUGAGCAGAUGAAGCUUGAACGUGCCUUCAUGGAUGGCAGUAAUCGCCUUGAGCUGGUGAAGAACAGACUCGGCACUCCAACAGGAAUCACCCUAGAUAUUGUCACGCAGAGGGUCUAUUGGUCUGACAGCCACUUUGACACAGUGGAGACGGUCACCUACACAGGUUUGGACAGGAAAAUAGUCCUGAAUGGUGCCACCCAGUCGCCACAUCCUUUUGGAAUCUCUGUGUUUGAAAACCACGUCUUCUUCACUGACUGGACCAAGAUGGGUGUGGUGAGGACCAAUCGCUUCAACGGCAGCAACCCAGUACUUCUCUAUCGUACAGCAAAGCGCCCGGGCCAUGUUACAGUCUCACACCCUGUCCUGCAACCUGUCGUGAUGAACCCUUGCGGCAGACACAACGGUGGCUGCCAGCACAUCUGUGUAUUGAGUCACCGCUCCGACAAUGAUGGCCUGGGCUUCCGCUGCAAGUGUCGCCAUGGUUACGACCUCCAGGCUGACCGUCGGACUUGCUUCAAGGUGAAGGACUUCUUAUUGAUGGCCACCUCUCUGGGUGUGCGGGGAAUCCCACUCAACUUGUCCCUCCAGGAGGACAUCACCCUUCCUCUAUCGGGGCUCGGGGCGUCUUUCUCUGGUUCUGCUGUGGAGUUUGACGCCAACGAAGAAGCCAUUUUCUACAACGACAGGUCCAGAGGCCUCGUCUAUAAAUCCAACCUCAAUGGCUCUGUCCAACAGAUUCUGACAGGCUACAGAGUGGGAAUGAUUGACGCCAUGGCUUACGACUGGACCUCCAAAGUCUUGUUCUGGAUCACAAGCAGCUACAAGUCAGUGGCAGCCUUCAGAGUCGCAGACAAAUCCAGACGAGACAUCGUGACGGGAUUGAGGAACCCAAAAGGACUUGCAAUACAUCCUAGCGCGGGCUACUUGUUUUGGGCCGACUGGUUCCGUCCGGCAGUCAUUAUGAGAGCCUUCACUGAUGGCAGCAAUGCUGUUCCUCUGGUCAACACAACACUGGGAUGGCCUUACGGACUUGCUGUUGAUUAUGUCAUGGACAGGGUGUACUGGGUGGAUUACCAGUUGGAUCAGAUCGGUCACAUCGGUAUUCAAGGAUAUGACAGACAGACGUUUACCAAUCUUGGUCAGAUCACUCAACCCUACUCUCUAACAGUUUAUACAGACUUCCUGUACGUAGCUGAUACAAGGACCAGAGCAGUUUUCGAAAUGAGGAAGAGAGAUGGAGGAGGAAACUAUAUGAUCCGACAAGGAAUCACUGGCAUCAUGAAUCUCAAGGCCUACGUAACCGACCUCCACACGUAUACCAGCCGGUGUAAUAUGUUGCCCAACGGGCAAUGCAGCCACUUCUGUUUCCCGACUCCCUCCUUCAGUCGAGUGUGUGGCUGUCCGUACGGCAUGAAACUUCAGCCCAAUCAGAGGGACUGCAUCAAGGACGAUUCUGUCCCUCCACCUGACAACUGUGGCAACUACGCAUUCGAGUGUGAUGAAGGACGCUGCAGGCCCAACUCCUUCCGCUGUGAUGGAAUCAUCGACUGCGUAGAUAAGACUGAUGAAGCCAACUGCACUGACACAGGAGCGACGUGCUCUUCGUUUGCGUUCACCUGCGACAACAAACACUGCAUCAUGUCCAGUUGGCGCUGCGAUGGCAUGGACGACUGCGGCGACGGUUCUGAUGAAAUGAACUGUCCCACUAAAGUGCCCACCACCUGUGCCUCCAACUACUUCACCUGUGAUAACAACAGGUGCAUCUCCAAAGCAUGGCUGUGUGACGGUGACAAUGACUGCGGCGAUGGCUCUGAUGAACACAACUGCAAUUCAACCAUCACUACAUGCCCUCCGUCUUACUUCCUGUGUCCCGACCACCGCUGUCUGUACAUCUCCUACGUGUGCGAUGGAGACCAGGACUGCCUGGACGGCUCUGAUGAGAAAGACUGCGAGUUCUCCUGUGCCUCCUAUGAGUUUGCCUGUGCCAGUGGGGACCAGUGUGUCAAUUCAAGAUAUCGGUGUGAUGGAGUGUUUGACUGCAGGGACCAUUCUGAUGAACGAGACUGUCCUACUCGAGGUCCAGGCCUCUGCCACAAUGACGAGUUCCAGUGCCAGACUGACGGUUUCUGCAUACCAAACGAGUGGGAGUGUGACGGCCAUCCGGACUGUGAGGAUGGAUCUGACGAACACAACUCCUGCCCGCCCGUCACCUGCAGACCCAACUAUUUCCAGUGUGCUAACAAGCUGUGCGUCCCAAGAAGCUGGUUGUGUGACGGCGACAAUGACUGCCGGGAUAUGAGCGAUGAACAGAACUGCCCCACACCUCCGUUUCGUUGUCCCUCUGACCAGUGGCAGUGCCCCACCGACCAGCUGUGCAUUGACCUGGACAAGGUGUGCAAUGGCCAGAGGGACUGCCCCAAUGGAGCAGACGAGUCACCUAUCUGCAACCAAGAUGACUGUGCGCUGAACAACGGCGGCUGCAGUCACGGCUGUGUCCAAGGACCUUAUGGGGCUCAGUGUACCUGUCCGUCAGGAUUUCAGCUCCUCAAUGACUCCAAGACCUGUGAUGACAUCGACGAGUGUCUGAUUCUAGGCUUCUGCAGCCAACAGUGCUACAACGAGCGGGGAAGCUUCAGGUGCUACUGCUCAGAUGGUUACCUACUAGAGCCUGAUGGACGCACCUGCAAAGCUACAGACCCAUUAGCAGCUGUGCUUCUGGUUGCCAAGCGUAGCCAGAUCAUUGCCAACCGGAUAAACAUGCGACCACCCCAGAUGCGUCCGGUGAUCAGCGGCUCAAGCAUCGUGACUGUGGACUUUGAUCGUAUGACUUCUAGGAUCUACUGGGCUGAUGCCUCACAGAAGAAGAUAUGGAGUUCCUUUCAGAAUGGCACUGACAGACGGGAAGUGUUCUCCUCUGGACUCAUGGUACCAGAGAGUAUAGCUGUGGACUGGGUAGGUCGAAACCUCUACUGGACUGACUCUGUCUUGGAGAACAUUGAGGUCUCCACUCUGGACGGACGCUUUCGGAAAGUCCUCCUCACCAAGAAUGUCACCAGCCCCCGUGGACUUGUUUUAGACCCCCGUAACUACACCUACCUGAUGUUCUGGACAGACUGGGGUCAGAACCCCAGAAUCGAGCGGGCUAACAUGGAUGGAGCCGGCAGACAAGUCAUUGUCAGUACUAAGCUCUUCUGGCCCAACGGCCUGGCCUUGGACUACACCACACGCAGGGUCUACUUUGCUGACGCCUACCUCAAGUAUAUUGACUACUGCGACUACAAUGGCAAUAACCGCUAUCAGGUCAUGGCAAGUGACAUGAUUCUUCAGCACCCUCACGGUAUGACCAUUUUUGAGGACAACAUCUUCUGGUCAGAGCGCUACACCAGCAAGGUGAUGAGGACGAACAAGUUCCACGGUGGCAACAUCACCAUUCUAAUGAAAAAUAUCUAUCAGCCAAUGGGUAUCGUGAUGGACCAUCCCAUCAAACAGCCCACAGCCAUCAACCCAUGCAGAGAACACCCCUGCAGUCAGCUGUGCUUGCUGUCAGGCCUGAGACCGAGGUACUACACCUGCCACUGUCAGUCUGGCUGGAAACUGGAUGCUGACAGACGCACCUGUAUCAAAGAUGACACUCCCUUCUUGAUGGUGGUGAGAGAUUCAGUGAUUUUUGGCAUUCCUCUUGACCCCACUGACCCCUCUAACAAUGCAAUGGCCCCUGUGUCGGGCAUCAGCCAGGGACGGGACAUCGACUUUGAUGAUCAGCAGCAGCUUGUCUAUUGGGUGCAGAGCACUGGUUCGAUAUGGCAAGUGAAAACUAGUGGCACCAACAGGACUCAGUUUGCUCCAGCUGCUUUCAUGGGUUCACCGUCUGGUCUGGCUUUUGAUUGGAUAAGCCGAAUAAUGUAUUACACCAACCCCACUGUUAAAACCAUCGAGGUUAUCCGUGUCGAUGGAAACCAGCACUAUAGGAAGACCCUGAUCACCUCCACCGGUAAACCUGAAGGCGUAGGACAGCCCAUUGGAAUAACCCUGGAUCCAAUCCGAGGGAGAUUGUUUUGGACAGACAAAGGGUCAGACAAUGGAGUUCCUCCAAAGGUUGCAGGCGCUGACAUGGAUGGUGGAAAUGUCGUGAACCUCUACACAGGAAACUUGGCUAACAUAGGAUUCAUCACCGCUGACAUCUCUACUAUGAAACUGUACUGGGGCGUGGCGGGCUCAGGGGUGAUCGAGAGUGGCACCAUGGACGGAGUAACCCGGGUGACGGUGGUGAGUGGUCUGUCCCAUCCAUGGGGGCUGACAAUCCACCAGAACUACCUCUACUACACCGACCUGGACUACGAGGUCAUUGAGAGGGUGGACAAGGAAAGUGGCGCCAAUAUGGUGGUGAUGAGGAGCGGCAUGUCUGGCCUCCGUGCCCUCAAAGUGCACGCCAGAGACAACUCUGCAGGAACGAGCAACGCCUGCAGCUCCAACAACGGGGGCUGUCCCCACCUCUGUCUACCCAAGCCAAACAAUCAAAAGACCUGCACCUGCACCACAGGCUUUAACCCCUCUCAGGAUGGCACCCGCUGUGAACAGUUUGAGUCUUUCGCAAUUGUCUCCACAACCAAGUACAUCCGCGGCUUCCACAUAAACAGCUCGGAUCACUCUGAGGCUAUGGCGCCUGUCGGCGGACCUUCCUACUCCGUUAAGACCAAGUUAGACCUCCAUAUUGAAUCUGGCUUUGUGUACUGGACUGAUAACUACACCUCCACCACAUACAGGGGCAUCUUCAGGGCCAAUACAGAUGGAGGAUCUUACAGCACUGUUGUCAACUCAGGUGUUGGAAGAGGAGGCAUCCAGGGUCUCGCUGUAGACUGGGUUGCAGGCAACUUAUACUUCACCAAUGCGUUUGACAGUGAGACCUUCCUGGAGGUUCUUGCCAUCAACACCACCUACCGAAUGAUUCUCCUCAAGUCCAGCCAAGACCGGCCCCGUGACGUGGCUGUCAGCCCCAAGCUUCGCUACCUCUUCUGGACUGACGGUGGCCAAACACCAAAGAUUGAGCGGUCCCUGCUGGAUGGCACCAACCGCACUGUGUUGGCUUCAGAAAGUCUGGCGUCACCUCGUGGUCUUACUGUUGAUUACACCAAUGAUUUCCUCUACUGGACGGAUGAUGUUCUUGAUAUGAUCUCCCGAAUGGCCACAGACGGCACACAGAGGCAGAUUAUCCGCUACGGGAGCCGAUAUCCGUCGCCAACGGGAAUGGCUAUAUUUGGAAACUACAUGCUGUGGGUGGAUAAAAAACUUGGCAAAAUUUUCCAAGCCAGUAAAGACCCUGCCAACACUGACCAGCCAGAGGUAAUCCGAGACAAUCUUGAUGGCCUGAUGGAUGUCACUGUCUUUGACGCUCAUGUCCAGCCUACAUCUGCAAACCAGGUUGGUUUUAACCCAUGUCAAGAAGAUAACGGACGCUGCCAGCAGCUCUGUUUCGCCCUACCAGGCCAGGAGAAACCAAAAUGUGGUUGUGCACACGGGUCACUCCUUAAUAAUGGGGUAACAUGUGGGUACGGACUGGACGAGUUUCUGGUUUUCACCACUGACUACACGCUGAACAGCAUGAGGCUCGACCCUGCUGACCACAGCACGCCUUAUCCAACGGUGAACCUGGGCUACGGCGUGCUGGCUUUGGAUUAUGACUUCAAGGAGAAGCGAGUUUUCUUCACCCAGUAUAAGGGAAUUGGUCGGAGCAGAAUUGGCUACAUCAUCACGACAUCCAUCACCAGCCCGCCUGUCAUUAUCGCCGCAAACUUGGAUGACCCAGAGGGAUUGGCCUACGACUGGAUCAACAAGCGUCUCUACUUUACUGACUACUAUAGUCGCAAAGUCCAGUCCAUUGGGGUGGAUGGGAUGAACCGCUCAGUCGUCGCUCAUGCAAACCGCCCCAGAGGCAUCAUUGUUGACCCCUGCUAUGGUUACCUGUACUGGACUGACUGGGGCAGUCCAGCUAAGAUUGAGAGGGCCACACUGGGUGGAAACUUCCGCACCGCCAUCAUCAACAGCAGCCUGUUAAUUCCCAAUGGCCUGUCUCUGGAUUACGAUGAAAGAAUGCUCUACUGGGCGGAUGCCUCAUUAGAUAAGAUUGAGCGCUCCACCCUGACUGGUGAGAACCGACAAGUGAUCGUGCAGGGUGCCCAGUACCCGUUCGCCCUGACUGUCUUCAAACAGGACAUCUUCUGGACCGACUGGACUGAGAGGGGCGUCUUCAGGGCUGGAAAGGACGAUGGCUCUGGCUUCGCAGUGCUCGCCCAGGACCUGCAGUACCGACCAAACGACAUCCAUGUUUAUGCCGAGUCCAAGCAGGAGAGCUGCUCAAGCUCCUGUCAGCAGUUCAACGGAGGCUGUAGUCACGUCUGUGUUCCCGGUCCAGUAGGCCCAGAGUGCCAGUGUCCUCACCAGGGGAAGUGGUACCUCGCCAACAACGGUAAAGACUGUAUCCAAGACACAGGGAAACGCUGUCAGCCGGAUCAGUUCACCUGCCUCAACGGUAACUGCAUCACGGCGCGCUGGAAGUGUGAUGGCUACAACGACUGCCACGAUAACACGGAUGAGCUGGAGAGAGUGUGUGCCUUCCACACCUGCUCAGCCAUGGACUUCACCUGUGACAACGGACGCUGCUUGCCGCUCGGCUAUGUCUGCGACUACAUGGACGACUGUGGUGACAACAGUGAUGAGCGAGACUGCGCCUUCCCCACGUGUAACCCCGCCACUGAGUUCACCUGCUCGAACGGACGCUGCAUCAGUGCGGCGUUCGUCUGCGACGGCCACAACGACUGCAGAGGCAACGCCUCUGAUGAAAUCAACUGCCCUGACAGAACAUGUCCAACGGGCCAGGUCAAGUGUGACGGCACCAACAUCUGCAUCUACCCCGAAAACCUGUGUGACGGCUACAACAACUGCGGAGACAACAGCGACGAGAAUCCUCUGUUUUGCGCGGGUCGCACAUGCUCUCCAGACCAGUUCCGCUGCGAUGAAGGGAAAUGUAUCCCUGACUAUUGGGUGUGCGACUCCAUCCAAGACUGCAGUGAUGGGACAGAUGAACCUCCGACCUGUGAGGAUCAAAUCAAAACUUGCAGCCCGACUCAGUUCACAUGCACCAACGGAAACUGUAUCCCCCAGUCAUUGGUCUGCGACGGCAACAAUGACUGCGGGGACAACAGUGACGAGGCUCCUGAACUGCAGUGUGGUGAACGUACCUGCAGUUCCAACCAGUUCACCUGUCCGACCUGGUACCCCGGUCACCCGCGCUGCGUGCCGUUAAGCUCUGUCUGUGAUGGGGACAAAGACUGCGCCAAUGCAGCUGAUGAGCUCCAAAACUGCCCCAAUCGUUCCUGCCACAUGAAUGAAUUUACCUGUUCUAACGGGCGUUGCAUCUUUAUCGCCUACCAGUGUGACCGUGUGAACGACUGCGGGGACGGCAGCGAUGAGUUGAGCUGUAAUUACGAGACGUGCGGCAGCAACCAGUUCACCUGCGGCAAUGGCGCCUGCAUCUUCGCCUCCUACAUCUGCGACGGGGAGAGCGACUGUUUGGAUGGCUCAGAUGAGGCGGACAGCUUGUGCGUCACGCCGCAGCCCACCUGUGCUCCCCAAGAGUACAUGUGCAAGUCGGGCGAGUGCAUCGACAUCAAUAAGGUGUGCAACGGGAUGAAGGACUGCCCGGACAACUCGGACGAAAAAGGCUGCGGAAUCAACGAGUGCCGCAGCCCAUCAGUUCACAAGUGUGCCCAGCUCUGCACCGACACCCUCACCGGUUACUACUGCUCCUGCAACGCCGGAUACAAACUCAUGCCAGAUGGCAAAGCCUGUGAGGACAUCAACGAGUGCCUGAGCACGCCCGCCGUCUGCAGCCAGAUCUGCGAGAACGCCGUCGGCUCGUACCACUGCAAAUGCGCCCCGGGGUACAUCCGUGAGGCGGACGGACGCACCUGUCGUCAGAACAGCGGCAUUGCCCCGUAUCUGUUGUACAGUAAUCGAUACUACAUCCGCAAAUUGACCACAGACGGGUCACAGUUGAGUAUAGUCUUGCAGGGGCUGUCCAACGUGGUGGCGUUGGAGUUUGACCACUCCGAGAAGAUGCUUUACUGGCUGGACGCAGGAGCGGGAAAGAUUGAGAGGAUGCGUUUUGAUGGGACCGACAGGGAGACGCUUGCAGAUGACGAUGUGAGAGGAGCUGAAGGCCUGGCGCUAGACUGGGUGGGCAGGAAGUUGUACUGGUCGGACUCUGACUACGGCUCGGUUCAUGUGAUGGAGCUCGACGGGCGCAACCAGAAGAAGUUGCUGUCAGGAGACAUCAAAGAUGGAAAUGCCACUUAUAUCAUCAGCCGACCUCGUGCUGUGGCUGUUAACCCGAAAUACGGAUGGCUGUACUGGACCGACUGGGGCGACACAGCAUAUAUCGGCAGAGCUGGCAUGGACGGAAGCAACGUCAGUGCCAUCAUCACAACCAAGCUGGAGUGGCCUAAUGCUCUGACUAUAGACUACACCAACAACAAGAUCUUCUUUGCUGACUCCCACCUUAACUUCCUGGACUUUGCCGACAUGGACGGCCAGAACCGGCACCGGGCGAUCGCUGGAACACUUCCUCACGUGUUUGCUGUUUCCCUGUUUGAGGACUGGGUUUACUGGACAGACUGGAACACACACACAGUGGAGAAGGCGCACAAGUUCACUGGUGAACAGCGCGCAGUCAUGGGCAACAACACACAUCGGCCCUAUGACAUUCACGUCUACCACCCCUACAGGCAGCCUCGCAGUGAAAACCCCUGCAACUCCCAUCACCUGACCUGCAGCCAUCUGUGUCUGAUUGGUCCCGGUGGGCAGCGAGCUACCUGUGAGUGUCCAGAUCACUUCAUAGGACUCUCUGUAGGCUUCAAGAUCCAGUGUGUUGCCGACUGCUCCAGCACCCAGUUCCGCUGUGGAGACAAUGAGAGGUGUGUUCCUAUAUGGUGGAAGUGCGACGGCGAGUCAGAUUGCGGCGAUGGCUCAGAUGAACCUCAGACCUGCCCUCCACGUUAUUGCCCCAUUGGCCGGUUCCAGUGUCAGGACGGCAACUGCACCUACCCCAGCUUCAUCUGCGAUGGGGAACCAGACUGCCCUGACAGUUCAGACGAGGACGCAGCUCUCUGCAGUGACCACCGAUGCGAGGAAAACCAGUUCCAGUGUAAAAACAAGAAGUGUAUCCCCGUGUCCUGGCAAUGCGAUGGAAUAAGCGAUUGCUUAGACGACAGUGACGAGGACGCAGAGACUUGUUCCCAGAGGACCUGCGGACCGGGACAGUUCCAAUGUACCAACGGGCGCUGCGUGCCUUCGAGCGUCGUGUGUGACGUUGAGAACGACUGUGGGGAUGGAUCCGAUGAGCCGCUUGAAACCUGCAUGGGUCCGGACUACAAAUGUGACGAGGACACAGAGUUCUCCUGCCAGACAAACUACCGCUGCGUUCCUCAGUGGGCCCGCUGUGACGGCACCAACGACUGCAUCGACAACAGUGACGAGCAAGGCUGUGAGGACGUGACCUGUGAUCCCCUGGGAGAUUUUCGAUGUGACAACCACCGCUGUGUCCCCAUCCGAUGGCAGUGCGAUGGCAACAACGACUGCGGUGACGGCUCAGAUGAGAGAAACUGCCAGCCAAGGCCUUGCUCUGAAAGUGAGUUUCGAUGCGACAGCGGCAUGUGCAUCCCUGGAAACUGGGUGUGUGACCAUGACAACGACUGCGGGGACAACUCAGACGAGCGGGACUGCGAGUUGCUGACGUGUCGUCCAGGUUCCUUCCAGUGUGAGUCAGGUCACUGUAUCCCCGCUGCUCUGCAGUGUGAUGGUCGGGCUGAUUGUGAGGACCUGUCAGAUGAGACCAGCUGUCCUACUCGUUACCCAGGAGGACGCUGGUGCCCUGUGAACCAGUUCCAAUGUGCGAACCAUCUUUGUGUGAACCAGUACUGGGUGUGUGAUGGCACCGAUGACUGUGGGGACCGCUCUGAUGAACAGCUCAGUUUAUGCCUGAACAUCACCUGUGAGAUGCCGUCCAGGUUCCGCUGUGCGAACGGCUACUGCAUCUACUCCGGCCUGAUGUGCAACAAGAAGGACGACUGUGGAGACGGCAGUGACGAGAACGAGGAACUCUGCCGUGAGCCCACGCUGCCCCCGUGCACACUGGAUCAAUUCAAAUGCACCAACGGACACUGCGUGGCCCUGCCGUACGUGUGCGAUCACAAUGACAACUGCGGGGACCUCACGGAUGAAUUAGGCUGCAAUUUUGGCCAAGAUCGUCACUGUAAGGAAAAUCUGUGCCAGCAUGUGUGCACCAACCUGAACGGCACCGGCUUCAUCUGCUCCUGCAGACCUGGAUACAAAGUGAAUCCAGUCAGCACGCAUACCUGCCUGGACAUCGAUGAGUGUGAGGAGUACGGCACCUGUCCUCAGAUCUGUAAGAACACCAAGGGCAGCUACCACUGCGAGUGUGCCCCGGGAUACCGUAAAGUGGGCAACGGCGCCAUGUGCGAGGCCGAGGGGUCGGCUCCCCUGCUGCUUCUGCCGGAGAACAUUCGUAUCCGGAGGUUCAACCUGCAGACGGAGGCCUACCACGACUUCCUGGAGGAACAGGAACACAUAAUGGCUCUGGACUACGACUGGGACCACAACAACACCGGGUUCAGUAUGGUGUACUUCACUGUAGCCAGUCAGGACUCUGUGCCGGGUGCUAUCAAGAGAGCUUACAUACCUUCAGUGGACGACGGCAGUAACAACAUCGGUGCUGCUGUCGACCUCGGCAUCAAAUACAUCACCAGACCGGACGGCAUCGCUGUGGACUGGGUGGGCAGGAACCUUUACUGGGCAGACUCCAGGGUGAAGAGGUUAGAAGUGGCCAUGUUGGACGGACGCUACAGGAAGCACCUAGUCAAGACUGAGCUGGGCUACCCGUCUGCUGUGGCCGUCAACCCACGACUGGGGAUGUUGUACUGGGCAGACCGCGGGGAUGAAGCCAAGAUCGAGUGUUCUUGGAUGGACGGACAGGAGAGAAAAGUCCUAGUGGCCGAUGGCCUUGGUUGGCCCACCGGCCUGUCCAUCGACUUCACCAACGAUGACAGAAUCUACUGGUCCGACUCAAAGGAAAGCCGCAUAGAGUCUGUCCUGCCUUCAGGAGACGGCCGCAGAACCGCCGUCUUUAUAGAUGUGAGAAACCCCUUCAGUGUGAACGUCUUCGAGGACCACGUUUACUGGAGCACUCAGGAGAAAGGCGAAGUGUUCCGACAGGACAAGUUUGGCGGCGGAGCCAAGACGUUACUGCUGACUGCCGGGCCCUGGCUGACCCAGGUCUCUGUGUAUCAGCAGCAGAGAUACAACAGCGUAGCCAUUAAGAAUCCAUGUAAAGGAACCUGCAGCCACCUGUGUCUGCUCCGACCGGGCGGAUACACCUGCGGCUGCCCAGAGGGCACCAACUUCGUGCCCGGCAGUAACACUGAGUGUGACGCCGGGUUUGAUCCACCGCCCACCAUGCCCCCUCCGUGUCAGUGUCUAAAUGGAGGCACCUGCUACUUUGAUGACAACAGGGCGCUCUGCAAAUGUCCUCCAGAGUGGGAGGGAGACUACUGCCAGACAAACGUUUUCAACGUGAUCGCAUCGUCUAUUGGAAUAGCGAUCGGGGUAACGAUAGUGAUCGUGGCUCUGCUGGGCGCUCUGGUCUAUGCUGCCAGGAAGAAGUCCAAUCUGCUGGAGACUCUACGAAACAGUUUGCCCAGCAUGCCCAGCAUGCCCAGCAUGCCCAGUAUGCCCAGUAUGCCCAGUAUGCCAUCCAUGCCCUCGAUGCCGAACUUCAGAAACUCCCCAAGCGCAGUGAAAACAGAGGGAAGUGAAACGAAUUCUGAAGAGGUUCCCUGCAUGUCUGUGGCCAUGGUGGAUACGGAUGGGAAGAAUUUCGAGAACCCGGCAUACGAAGCUGGAGAACAUCCUGCUGCCACGAGCGUGACCACAGCCACCACAGCUCCUGUUUGUCCUGGAACAAACAAGGAGUACAUCGAUAAUCCUUUGUAUGUGGAACAAGUUGAAGUUGUGGACGAGGCGACAAAAAGUGCAAACCAACCUGCUGCUGACAACAGCAAGGAGGUGUUUGAAAAUCCAGCGUACGUCUCAGACUCAGAAGAUGUCGACAUCGCUUCUGCACGACCAGCUGCUUCGAGCGCACAGACUGACGAUGACGGAUUUCUGACUUUCAAAAACCCGACAUACGCGGAGGACACGCCAGGAGCAUCUGCUGCAGAUUCUGAGAUUUAACGAGAUCAGGACUGAAACUUCAGGAUGUAAAUCCACUGAAGGAACCGCACAGAACUAAUCAACCAAGACAGUUUGUAAAGAAGUAGAAAGAAAUAUGUUUUGUGUCAUCUAUUAACUUACAUUUUAAUACAGCCCUUGUGUAUAAAAAAAUCUUUUACAGGCAUGAUUUAAUCCAACAAAUAUGAGACUCAGUAAUCAAAGUGAAUAAAUGCUUGUAAAUGUUUGUUUUAUGUGUGAAAGUUAAACAUUAAAACUGCUUUUAUC